GUAUAUAUUAUUUUAAUUUUUCGAUUUCUAAAAUUAAUUAUAUAGUAUUUUAUUUUAAUUGUUAUUAAAAGUUAAAUUAUAUAAUAAUAAUAUUUUUUUUUAAAUAUUCUAAAAUAGUAAAAAAUUGGAUUCUAUAAUGUGUUUUUGGGAAAUCAACAAAAUUUUGAAUUUUGCACAUUUCCACUUACGUUAUUCUUGCUGAAAUGUCUAUUUUACCAACACUGUAUUUACAACUGUCAUAUACUGAGUGCUUUUAAGAUAUUCCUGGGAAGGAUAGGGCAACUCGUAAAUCCCAUAGACACUCAUAAGUUUUUGCAAAAUUGUUUAGAUACAAAUUAAUCCUGCACCAGCUUAAGUUGCGCUAAAUAUCUUCAAAAUGGUAAUCGGCUUUCUUGUUCGAGCCAGCAUUGUCGUAGGUGCUGCAUAUUACUCGAAGAAACUGGGAGUAUGGGAUAGCCCGGAACAAUCGGAAAAGCUGUAUAAUGAAAUAAAAGAAAGUAUUCGCCCUCACGCUAAAGAGCUGGAAAAGAAAUUACCCUUUGAAGUUCCAGCGUUACCAGAAACUGGUGAAGCACGUUUCUUGGCUAAGCAUUAUUAUAACGAAGGAGUUAAAAGCACAUUCCACUUUAUUGAAAUGUUGCCAUGUUACACGGGUCAGUUGUUGCACAAAGCGAAAGUGGAAUUCGAAAAAUUCGCUACUCCCCCAUCCCCUACUACUGAGAAGUAAAAACUUUUUUUUAAUAAAAUAUUCGAUGUUACAAAUUCUAUUUAUAAAAGCUAAUGCAAGUUAAAUAAAAUGGCGAACAAACGAA